GCUCAUUAGCCUUUCAUUUGUUUCCUUCUUCGCCAUUAAGCUUCACUAAGCAGAGAUCACCAGAUUACAAAAUGGCGAACAUGGGUGGUGGGGCUUGUUCCUCAGUCAUGUUCCAUGAUUCCUUAGAAAGAUUUUUAAUUAUAUCAAUAUCCAAUCCUGCAACUUCGUUGUUUAUUCACCAUUUCCAUUUCCCCCCAUCGUAAUAGAAAGAAACCCAAGUUUUCCCCCAGAUUUCCGAAACAAACGAGCGGGAGAAUUAGAUUUCUCGAGUCAAAAUGGCAGAUUCAUCGAUUCUUCCCACUCUCGUUGCCCAGCUCUGUCUCUGUGCUUUUUUCUACUUCGCUCUUAACAUGGGGCACCCUAAAAAUUACGAUUUCUUGAAGAUUGGGGACGGAAAUCCUCUUGAUUUCUACUUUAUUUCUGUCUGGGGAGGCUUACGUUCUGAAAAAGAAGAGACCCUUCUUCUCAAACAGAUGGAGAAGAUGGCGAAGGCUUCUCACGCAAAGUUUGUCUUGCACAUCCGUGAACCGGGCGAAAAUGAUCGCUUGAUGAAGAACGGUACGCGGUAUUUCUCAUCGCUGAAAGUUCCCUGGCAUGGUAUACAGACGUCAAGAGGAAACGAUAGGGGUUACUUCAUCGAGCGGAUGAAGUUACAAUAUGGGCAAACAUUAGACAUCGUUGCCAUAGAUACAGGACUAUUACAGGAGUCUUUGGCUAUGGGAUCGGCAAGUGACAUGGUGAACAAUCGGUUACAUUGGCUAAAAAGAACUCUUCAAACAUCAAACAGUAACUGGCGUAUAGUUGUUGGGUUUCACCCAUUGGUUACUUGUGAAGACAAUACUCGGUUGGUGGAGACAAAGCAUCUUUUCGAGUCGAUCCAUCAAAUCUUUGUCGAACACAGAGUGAAUGCAUACCUGAGUAGGCGUGGUUGCGCUCACAAUAUUCGUAUCGGUAGCACAGCGUACAUUGGGUUUCCGGGUCCUAUUCAGACAAAUUACUUCACAUCUCAAAGAUCCACCUUGAGAGAGUUUCUACUCCAUCGCGUCAGCUUGCUAGAGACGGUGUUCUACUAUGUGAACACAGCAGGAGAAGUUGUUCAUAGAACUGAACUCCAACAAAAGGGUAGAAAGGUCAUUUAAAGUUGAGGAUUUUUGGGGAAUUUUGGCUCUCACUUGUACACGGCUGAGCAAUAUAUGACAUUUUGUUUUUCUUGUUAUUUUCUGGCAUCUGUACUUCUUUUUAGGGGCACAAAUUUGAAUUCUAAACAUAUUUUUUAAGAAUAUUUUAGAAGAUGCAUCGUGGACUGAUA